UAUAAAUGCUUGACAUUGUACUGCCAAAGUUUUGUUUAAUCAAUUGUCGUCAUUAGCAUCUUCAAGAACAAAUGAAAAAGGCUGACUCCUAGUGACAAAGCCUAAGUGCAUCCAUGCUGACAAAGACAUUACUUUUAGAAUAAAAAAUAAAAAAAUAGAAAAAUAGCCUGCCAUUAGAUAGUUUGUAAUUAUUGUUUCACAUUGAAUUUGUAUAAAGUUGGACAGUGUUACAUGUUUAGGCGCGCACAGAAAGAAGGGGGUUAGGGGCCGCGAGGUUAUCAUGUGUGAUGUCCCGGAUAAUGCGCGGGUUCUUGGUUCGUUCAUCUUAUGCCGUCUGGUGUAUUGCUUUUGAUUGAUUGUAUGGCCGAUGAAUGUGAGAGAUGGCGGGCUUUGUAUUUCAACUCACUGGAAGGAGAGCCGUCCACGAAAGCCGAUGCGCUAAGAAGUCUAGGCUUUACCAUCGCGCAGCUGCAAGCAGAAAGAGGUGAAACAUUGAGCCAUACAUCAGCGUUGUAUGCAGACAAGUAUGCAUCAAUUGUUGACAGCACUGACACUGCUGUGGGUUUAAAUAAUUAUGCUGAAGGGGUAUUAAGCCGAUUGACCAAUACUGCUACAAAUGAGAGUCAGUUGUGGAAGUCCAGUCUAACAGUUGAUAGUAUGAUGGCAAUGCCUCAAGUUCAGCGGAUGAUGAAAUGUACAGAAAAGAAGCCUCCACCAAGGCUUUCACAACACCGCACACUGGAUCACUCAAAUCACCAAUCGAGAUAUUUCGCUAACACUCAAAGAACAAUGUGUACUCAGCCUCCUGCAGACAAAUUGCCAUCAACAGCAAGAGAGUCAAAUGGGGACAUUAACUGUGUUCCUAAACAGAAACAGAGCCAUACUCCUGUCUUCAAAUUUGCUGGUAAUUCUACAUCGCAGAUGAAGGGUAAUGGUAGGGAGAUGCUUCCUUGUUACGAGAAAGAUAAACACAUUGGAGGUGAAGUGACUUUCAAGAAGAAAGUGCCAGGAAGUCCUGGUACUGAUGGAUUGACUUCAUCAUCUGCAUUUGUGACAGCAAGACACCAACUUAUUACCAACCAAAGAAAGACAAAUAAACGUGUUGCAUCUGAUUCCUAUGGAGACGAACACUCAAACACCAGAAAUACUACAAUGGCAAAACGUUGUCUAGGCACACGGAGAAAUCCGUUCUCGAAAUUUGCUCCUCCUGUGCGGAGAAGUGACGAUGAAACGAAUCACUGGCAGAAGGAUGGUUCAGUGACAUCAACAGUAGCAACCGGUAGUGUGUCGUCAUCGGGUGGCUUGUGUGGUGUAGAAGAUGACAAGCUGAAAGGUCUCGAUCAGAAAAUGGUUGAUCUCAUAUUGAACGAGAUUGUCGAUCAUGGUCCACCUGUGACUUGGGAGGAUGUCGCUGGUCUCGAGUUUGCCAAGGCAACAAUCAAAGAAGCAGUCGUGUGGCCAAUGUUGCGACCAGAUCUCUUUACUGGUUUGAGAGGACCUCCAAAGGGUAUUCUACUUUUUGGGCCACCAGGGACAGGGAAGACUCUCAUUGGAAAGUGUAUUGCUAGCCAAGCUGGAGCUACAUUUUUUAGCAUCAGUGCUUCAUCACUCACGUCAAAGUGGGUCGGCGAGGGUGAAAAGAUGGUACGUACACUGUUUGCCGUCGCUCGCUGUCAACAACCCGCCGUCAUAUUUAUCGACGAGAUAGAUUCGCUGCUGACUCAACGCUGCGACGGUGAACACGAGUCGUCGCGUCGGAUCAAAACAGAAUUCCUUGUACAACUGGAUGGAGCCACGACACGUGCUGAAGACCUCGUUCUUGUUGUUGGUGCCACAAACAGACCUCAAGAGAUCGAUGAGGCAGCUCGACGUCGGCUCAGUAAACGACUGUACAUUCCACUGCCCGACGUGCAGUCUCGGUUGCAGAUUAUGAGAAAUCUGCUCGUGCAGCAACGAUCGGAUUUGACCGACGAAGAACUGCAAGGAUUGUGUGAGAAAACCGAAGGAUAUUCUGGAGCAGACGUUACUUGUCUGUGCCGCGAAGCUGCGCUCGGUCCUAUAAGGAGCAUCGACGCGUCGGCCAUUCAACAUAUCUCUGUAGACCAAGUUCGCUCGAUCACGUGUCAGGAUUUCGUCGCCGCAUUUAGACACGUACGAUCAACGGUGUCGCCCAGCGACUUAAAGUCAUACGAGGAAUGGAAUAGACAAUUUGGUAGUGGCGCUUCUAGCUAGAAUCUAUAAUCUAUAUAUUAAUUAAUUUAUUAGAGUAUGAGUAUGAAUCCGGGAUACUGUAAUGUUUGACUCUAAUCCGGGGUGUUGCAAUGUAUUUCAGUCGUUUACGGCGAUUUUCUAGAUUUACACUCAAUUUUAGGACUAAGACUAGUCAGUCUGCGGAGGAUAGACGUCGUUGGGUUGAAUACAGGAAGGGAGUGGCUCAAUCGAGGAAGCAGUUUCACGAUGAAUGGCUUGCUCGACAGCGUCAGAGCUCUACGAUUACCGUCGAGGAGCGUGAAGCUGUGGAAAGAGAGAAGGCGUCGUUUACCGCUAACCGCCUCGAAAACGAAAGGAUGGUGAAAUGGAGAGCAGAAAAAUUAUCAGUAAAAGCAAAGAAACAGGAAGUUGUCAAGGAACAGAAGAAAGAAAGGCAUUUGGAGAGACUUAGUAAACUUCAUGAGUUGCGGCAAGCCGUAGUUCAAAAGAUUAAGGAUGAAGGAGACUAUAUUACUGCUGAAAAUCUGGACGAAAAGAUUGCACAAGCAUUGGAAAAUCCGAGGGACUACAACUUUGCGCUCACUCGAUCAGGUGAAAAGCUGACUGCAGAACCAAGAAAACACAACUUAUUGCCAGUACAAGGAUGGUAAUAUUGAUGUUUUGAUUACUAAUUUAUUCUGUAUCUAGACUUGUGUGAUCAGUAGCUAUAACAUUUAUAUUUACAUUUUGUGAUGUUGAAAUGAGCAAUUGUAGUGCAUAUUGCAUUUAGUGUUAUCUAAAUACCUCAAGUGCUGUUCUUUUGCUGUUCUAGA